AUGCUGAUCGUUUACCUGCUCCUAACGCUCCAUUCAAUGGCCGUUGCUGAAACAAUGCGACCAAAGCCUUCUUUUAAUGCCUUAUGGAAUCUUGAAGAAGUUUGCGAAUGUGUACUGCAUUACAGUCCAUUGAUAUGGGGCUCAGCGCGUCGAAAGCAGCUCCAGAUUUUCGGCGCCGGCGCAACGGUGGUGCACGUGUGGUUGUAUGUCUAUAAUAACUACGGAUGCUGGUGCGGUGUAGGAGGGGCUCAUGAGCCGGUGGACGAGAUCGACAAAUGCUGCAUGCUCCACGACAAGUGCUACGAUGCCGCAGUAGAUUCAAAGAUCUGCUUCGACACUGCCUGGGAGUACAUUGAUGCUUAUAAAUGGAAAUGCGACAACGGCACAGCAGUUUGUGCAGAGAAACAGGACGCUUGCAAAGCAGCGCUGUGCGCGUGUGAUUCUGCAGUUGUGGAGUGCUGGUCGAAGCAACCCAAACCACCGAAGAAGAAGAAGUGCAACCACGUCAGCCGAAUCAAAAAACACCCAUCAUCGAAUGGAUUCCAACACUAA